UUAGGAAUUUUUGCUUAGAGGUCUUCCACAGUCUAUAAUGUUAAGAGCCAGGGAACCGGGCUCUUUAGCCGUGCUGGCCUCCACACUUCUUUUGGGAUGCGGCGUUGCGUACUCCCUCGGACACAAUGACACAGAACCUGUUGUUUUGGAAGGAAAAUGUUUAGUUGUGUGUGACUCGAACCCGUCCGCCGAAGGAGGAGUGACUUCGUCGUUUGGAAUAUCUGUCCGAGCUGCUGGUGCUAAAGUGGCUUUCUCAGCCGUCAGAGGAACUAACCAUGAACCAUCAGAGAUGAGUAACAAAUCAAUGACAAUCUACUUUGAUCAGGUACUAGUGAACAUUGGAAAUCAUUUCGAUCUUAAGACGAGUGCAUUUCAAGCACCGCGGAGAGGUAUUUACAGCUUCAGUUUUCACGUUGUAAAGGUCUACAACCGACAGACAAUUCAGGUCAAUCUGAUGCACAAUGAAUACCCAAUCAUAUCUGCUUUUGCCGGUGAUCAAGAUGUCACUCGCGAGGCAGCGAGUAAUGGAGUUCUGCUGCACCUUGAGCGCGAGGACAGACUCUAUCUCAAAUUGGAGAGAGGGAAUCUAAUGGGCGGGUGGAAGUACUCCACAUUCUCUGGCUUCCUUGUUUUUCCUCUCUAAUUUUAUACACUUUAAAUGGCUCGGACUGAAGACUAAGAGGCCGUUCAGACCGAACGCGUUCUUGCGUUAUAAAGCUUGAUACAGCGCAUAUAAUAAUACAACACAAGUGUCUCGAGAAGCGUUUUUAAAAGUUAUCUGCCUUCUACAGUACACAAACGCGGCGCUAGGGUGAAAGACGCCCGUCUUGCGCGAGUUUACAUAGAAAAACAAUGGGGAAAGAGCCAGACGGAUACAAAACGCGUUCGGUGUGAACGGCCCAGGCUAUCUGCUUUCGAAAAUAAAUGUAGCAGCGGGCACCACAUGGAAUUUGUUUUAUUUUAAUUAUUUAUUUGUAUUAACUAUAUGUGAUAUUAAAAAGAAAGUUUGACAGUCAUGACCAUUUCAUGUCUGCAUAGCUAUGGGAAAGAAUGAUGUUCAAAUUAUCUCAUUGUAUUUUACAGUCUAAUCAACAUUUUUAUUUUCAGGGGCAUAUUUUUGCACGAAGUGUGUUUUGGUACGUGCUUGUCAUUGAAUUUAAUGUUGUAUAGCCCUCAUAAAUGUAUUCAAUAUGAGCAAGGUACAAAAACAGCCAUUCCUCUGUAAUCGUGUUGUUCGGCUUAAUGCAUAGGCAAGCAAUGAAAUCUUGCAUUUUAUAUAACUUGAAUGUAAAUAUACCAUGUCAUAAACACAAGGAAUGUAUUUAAAACUGUUCUAGCACUUGCGAGUUUAUUUUGCAAGAGAGGUGAAUAAAGAUAUUUAAG